AUGUCCCAACUCUAUCGAUCUACAAUCAGUUCACGGUUAUCUACACUCCAAGAGCCACCUGCAGAGGAAGGAGAAAAUGAUGAUGAGCUGGAAGAUUCUCUCGGAUCUCUUCCCUCCGUAAUGGGCCUACCAUCAGGAUUAUCUCAGAAUCGCGCGAAGAAGAUGCCCAACCCGGCUUACGCCCCUAUAUCACUGGCCGGAUACUUUGCACAAGCUCUACAAGUGACAUUGCCUGACCGGGACAUCGACGUCCGGGCUUACUAUACACCACCACGUUCAGAGCGUGGCGGCGUGUUUGUGAUGCACCAUGGCGCUGGGUACUCUGGCGCAAGCUUCGCGUGUCUUGCGAGAGAGCUCGUACAGUUAAUGAAAGGAGAAGUUGGAGUACUUGCAUUCGAUGCAAGAAGACACGGUUUGACCACUGCGAUCGCAUCGGAUGAAGACCUGUCCAUGAAUGUCCUUGUCGAUGACUUAUGCGCUUUCAUUCAAAAGGUUUUCCCUGACCCGUCCACCUCGCCUGUAUUUAUGUUAGUAGGCCAUAGUAUGGGUGGCUCCGCCGUCGUUCAUGCCUCUCCGAAGCUCCAGGAGUUAAAGUAUGUCAUAUCCGGUGUCGCAGUUUUGGAUGUUGUAGAGGGAACUGCCAUGGAAGCACUUCCUCAUAUGCAUGCACUGUUGAAUACUAGACCCGAGGGCUUUGACAGUAUUGAAGAAGCUAUUGAAUGGCAUGUCAACACGCACGCUAUUAACAAUCCUACCUCGGCCCGGAUCUCAGUACCCUCCAUUCUAUCUUUCCCACGCACACGCGCAAACGGGUCGUUUGAAUACAGAUGGCGAACACCACUUCGGUCUACUGCCCCCUAUUGGGAAUCAUGGUUUGCUUCCUUGUCGUCGCUCUUUCUUUCCAUUCGAACAGCGAGACUGCUGGUCCUCGCUGGCGCCGAACGCCUCGACACGCCCCUUAUGAUCGGUCAGAUGCAGGGUAAAUUUUGGCUCGAGGUCAUGAGUGACCGUGGAGUUGGACACUUAGUGCACGAGGAUGAUCCUACGCGUCUUGCAGAGAUUCUGAGUGAUUUUUGGAGGAAGAACGAGAGGCUGGAGAUAAAAGGCACAGUGAUUAAACGAGUUGGAGAGCGAUAG